GGGACAGGGGGCGGGAUCGAGCUCGUCCUGGGCGGCCCCCCUCUGCCGGCUGCUAGGGUCCGGAGCCGCGACCUUUUUGCGACUCCUCCGAGCGCUUCGAGUCCGAGGCGGAGGCCGCCAUGGCGCUGCGAGCGGCGGUGUUCGACCUGGACGGGGUCCUGGCACUGCCAUCGAUCACCACCUCCUGGGCCCGCGCCGAGGAGAAGCUGGCGCUGCCCAGAGGUUUUCUGAAUGAAGCUUUCAAGAAAGGAGGCCAGGAUGGCUCCGUUGCUCGCUUGAUGACGGGAGAGAUCACAUUUUCGCAGUGGGUGCCCUUCAUGGAAGAAGACUGCAGGAAGUGUGCUGAGGACUCGGGAAUACGCCUGCCUGAGAAUUUCUCCAUAAAGCACAUCUUUGACAAGGUGCUUUCAGCGAAAAAGAUCAACUACCCCAUGCUGCAGGCCGCUCUCACUCUCAAAAAGAAGGGAUUUUCAACCUGCAUCCUCACCAACAACUGGCUGGAUGACAGCGCCCAGAGAGGCAGCCUGGCCCAGCUGAUGUGUGAGCUCAUACCACACUUCGACUUCCUGAUUGAGUCAUGCAGGGUCGGAAUGGCCAAGCCUGACCCUCAGAUCUACAAAUUCAUGCUGGACACCUUGAAGGCCAGACCCAAUGAGGUGGUUUUCCUGGAUGAUGUCGGGACUUAUCUGAAGCCAGUCCGUGACCUGGGCAUGGCCACCAUCCUCGUCCGCGACACUGACACGGCCCUGAGGGAGCUGGAGAAGGUGACUGGAGUGCAGCUUCUCCAAAUUCCAGCCCUUCCUCCCACCUCCUGCGAUCCGAGCGCCCUGAGCCACGGGUACGUGCUCAUCAAGCCUGGGGUACGUCUGCAUUUUGUGGAGAUGGGCUCUGGCCCUGCCGUGUGCCUCUGCCAUGGAUUUCCUGAGAGCUGGUUCUCUUGGAGGUACCAGAUCCCUGCCCUGGCCCAGGCGGGCUUCCGGGUGCUGGCUGUGGACAUGAAAGGCUAUGGAGAGUCGUCUGCUCCUUCCGAAAUAGAAGAAUAUUCCUUGGAAGUGUUAUGCAAGGACAUGGUGACCUUCCUGAAUAAGUUGGGCCUCUCUCAAGCCGUGUUCAUUGGCCACGACUGGGGAGGCAUGCUCGUGUGGAACAUGGCUCUCUUCUACCCUGAAAGAGUGAGGGCGGUGGCCAGUCUGAAUACUCCCUUCAUGCCAUCAAAUCCCAAUGUGUCCCCGAUGGAGAUCAUCAAAGCCAAUCCUGUCUUUGAUUACCAGCUCUACUUCCAAGAGCCGGGAGUGGCAGAGGCUGAACUGGAACAGAACCUGGAUCGGACUUUCAAAAACUUCUUCAGAGCACAUGAUGAGACUUUUCUCACCACGAACAGAGUCCGUGAAUUGGGAGGACUUUUUGUGGGGACCCCAGAGGAGCCCAGCCUCAGCAGGCUAGUCACCGAGGAAGACAUCCAGUUCUACGUGCAGCAGUUCAAGAAGUCUGGGUUCAGGGGGCCUCUAAACUGGUACCGGAACAUGGAAAGGAACUGGCAGUGGGGUUGCAAAGGCUCAGGAAGGAAGAUCCUGAUUCCAGCCCUGAUGGUCACUGCUGAGAAUGACCUGGUGCUUCUUCCCAAGAUGUCCAAGCAUAUGGAGAACUGGAUCCCCCACCUGAAAAGGGGACACAUUAAGGAUUGCGGACACUGGACACAAAUAGACAAGCCCGCUGAGCUGAAUCGGAUCCUCAUUGAGUGGCUGGAGACUGAUGCCAGGAACCCACUGGUGGAUUCAAAGCUUUAGGGUGUGACGUGGGUCUGUCGCCAGCAGGCGCUCCAACCUCUUCAUCUCCUGGGGCACUGCUGUGGUACCCACAUGUAGCCUUACCUGUCCCAGAACCAGCAGCACUGCUCUGAAGCGGUCUGCAGCAAAGAAUGAUUUUCCUUAAAUGAAAUGAGUCAGAUUUGACAGAAUUUGAGAUACAGAAACAAUCACAUGUGAUUCAUUCUCUGGGUAUAAACGCAUCACUUUAUCUCUAAGGAUGGCUAAUGUUCUGCGGGGGAUGGAACGGGGGUGGCCAAGGGUGAGUUCUCUUUGACUAAUCAAUUCAUCAUUUUGAUGAGGCAAAAGCAGCAGUUUAGAAUCAUUUCAGCAGAUCUGGGAAGUCUUUUAUUCAGUAAAGCAAAGACAACUGCCA